AUGUUGGUCUACAGACCUAUCAGGCAGAGAACCCAGCGCCUGCUUCUCUCGUUUCUGCUCAUUGCAGCCUGGGAGACAGGGAGCAGCCAGGUCCAUUACUCUCUCCCGGAGGAAGCCAAACACGGCACCUUCGUGGGCCGCAUCGCCCAGGACCUGGGGCUGGAGCUGACGGAGCUGGUGCCGCGCCUGUUCCGGGUGGCGUCCAAAGGCCGCGGGGACCUUCUGGAGGUAAAUCUGCAGAAUGGCAUUUUGUUUGUGAAUUCGCGGAUCGACCGGGAGGAGCUGUGCGGGCGGAGCGCCGAGUGCAGCAUCCACCUGGAGGUGAUCGUGGACCGGCCGCUGCAGGUGUUCCACGUGGAGGUGGAGGUGAAGGACAUUAACGACAACCCGCCGGUCUUCUCUGUCUCAGAACAAAAGCUCUCAAUUUACGAAUCUCGACCGCUUGACACUCGAUUUCCUCUAGAAGGCGCAUCUGAUGCGGAUAUUGGAGAGAACGCAAUGCUUACUUACAGACUCAGUCCAAAUGACUUUUUCACUCUUGAUAUUAUAAACAAAAAGGACAAAGGCAAAUUUCCAGUGCUUGUUCUACGAAAACUGCUGGAUCGUGAAGAAAAUCCUCAGCUUCAGUUGUUGUUAACGGCAACUGAUGGAGGCAAACCCGAACUGAUGGGAUUUGUAACUCUGCUGAUCCUGGUGUUGGACGCCAAUGAUAAUGCACCUCUAUUUGACCGAUCCGUUUAUGAAGUUAAGAUGUAUGAAAAUUCAGCGAACCAAACAUUAGUCAUAUGGCUAAAUGCUUCUGAUGUGGAUGAAGGAAUAAAUAAGGAAAUAAUAUAUUCAUUUAGCUCUUUGGUCCCACCCAGCACAAGAAGGAAAUUUCUAAUGAAUGAAAGCACAGGAGAAAUAAGAAUAAACGAUGCUAUUGACUUUGAGGAUAGUAAUUCUUACGAAAUUCAUGUAGAUGUUACAGAUAAAGGAAACCCACCUAUGGUUGGUCACUGCACUGUCCUAGUGGAGAUCCUGGAUGAAAACGAUAAUUCACCUGAGGUGGUUGUCACUUCUUUGGCUCUUCCGGUACGAGAGGACGCUCAGGUGGGCACUGUCAUCGCCUUGAUCAGCGUGUCCGACCGUGACUCCGGCGCCAACGGGCAGGUGACCUGCUCCCUGAUGCCCCACAGCCCCUUCAAGCUGGUGUCCACCUUCAAGAAUUACUAUUCGCUGGUGCUGGACAGCGUCCUGGACCGAGAGAAGGUGUCGAACUAUGAGGUGGUGGUGACAGCGCGGGACGCGGGCUCGCCUUCGCUGUCGGCCACAGCCAGCGUGUCCGUGGAGGUGGCCGACGUGAACGACAACGCGCCCGCGUUCGCGCAGCCCGAGUACACGGUGUUGGUGAAGGAGAACAACCCGCCCGGCUGCCACAUCUUCACGGUGUCGGCGCGGGACGCGGACGCGCAGGAGAACGCGCUGGUGUCCUACUCGCUGGUGGAGCGGCGGGUGGGCGAGCGAGCGCUGUCGAGCUACGUGUCGGUGCACGCGGAGAGCGGCAAGGUGUACGCGCUGCAGCCGCUGGACCACGAGGAGCUGGAGCUGCUGCAGUUCCAGGUGAGCGCGCGCGACGCGGGCGUGCCGCCUCUGGGCAGCAACGUGACGCUGCAGGUGUUCGUGCAGGACGAGAACGACAACGCGCCCGCGCUGCUGCCGCCCGGGCCGGGUGGCAGCGGGGCGGGCGCGCUGAGCCAGCUGGUGGCGCGGUCGGUGGGCGCGGGCCACGUGGUGGCGAAGGUGCGCGCGGUGGACGCGGACUCGGGCUACAACGCGUGGCUGUCGUACGAGCUGCAGCCGGCGGCGGGUGGCGCGCGCAGCCCGUUCCGCGUGGGGCUGUACACGGGCGAGAUCAGCACGACGCGCGCCCUGGACGAGGCGGACGCGCCGCGCCAGCGCCUACUGGUGCUGGUGAAGGACCACGGCGAGCCGGCGCUGACGGCCACGGCCACCGUGCUGCUGUCGCUGGAGGACAGCGGCCAGGCGCCCAAGGCCUCUUCGCGGGCGUCGACGGGCGCCGCUGGCGCGGAGGCCGCUCUGGUGGAUGUGAACGUGUACCUGAUCAUCGCCAUCUGCGCGGUGUCCAGCCUGUUGGUGCUCACGCUGCUGCUGUACACGGCGCUGCGGUGCUCGGCGCCGCCCAGCGAGGGCGCGUGCGGGCCCGGGAAGCCCACGCUGGUGUGCUCCAGCGCGGUGGGGAGCUGGUCUUACUCGCAGCAGAGGCGGCAGAGGGUGUGCUCUGGGGAGGGGCCGCCCAAGACAGACCUCAUGGCCUUCAGCCCCAGUCUUACGCCGUGUCCACUACCAGACGUGGAAGUGGAAGAACAGUCUACUGGAGGCAGCCACCUUAGCAAGGAUGGAAACUACAGCAUUCACCCUGAGCACAUACAGUAAUUGAAAAAAAAA